AUGUCGGAAGACAUAGAUCGCGUGGCAGAGAUGUUCAAAGGGAAAUGCAUCUUUGUUUCAGGCGGAACUGGUUUUAUGGGAAAGGUUCUGGUCGAAAAAAUUUUAAGAUCAUGUACCGGAGUGAAAACGAUGUACUUGCUGGUGAGGCCAAAGAAAGGAAAAGAUCCCAAACAAAGAUUAGAAGAAAUUUUCUCUUCUGCGUUAUUCGAAACCGUAAAAAAUCAGCGGGGAUUAGCAGAAUUGAUGUCCCAUUGCAAAAUUGUAAGCGGAGACGUAACACAGAUCAAUUUGGGAAUAUCUGAAGAUGACAGGAAAGAAAUUAUUGAAAACGUCGAUAUUAUUUAUCACAUGGCUGCUACUAUCAGAUUCGAUUCACCUCUAAAAGAAGCCGUACUUCUGAAUACUAGAGGUACAAAAUUCAUGCUCGACUUGGCUAAGGAAUGCAAGAAUCUCAAGAUGUUUGCGCAUGUCUCGACUUCUUAUUGUCAUCUGCACGAGAAGGUAUUAUUGGAAAAACCAUACGAUCCUCCAGCGAAUCCACAUGACAUCAUAAAAUGCGUUGAAUGGAUGGAUGAAGACCUUGUUAAUUCUAUGACUAAAAAAAUUCUUGGAAAUCUGCCCAAUACUUAUGCUUUUACCAAAGCUUUAGCCGAAGGUUUAGUGGUCGAAGCUAUGCAGACUAUACCAGCCAUCAUCAUACGCCCGUCCAUUGUUAUACCUGUUUGGAAAGAACCCAUUCCUGGUUGGACUGACAACAUCAACGGACCGGCAGGAUUGCUUAUUGGAGCCGGUAAAGGUGUCAUCCGAACAAUGUACUGCAACCAAACUGGAUAUGCAGAUUAUUUACCUGUAGAUAUUGCUGUUAAUGGAUUACUUGUAGUCACAUGGAAUUACAUUGCAAAUAAUGAUAAAGAAAGAAAUGUGCUGCAUUUCACAAGUUCUGACGAAUUCAAAGUAUCUUGGCAAGAAAUUGUAGAGUUAGGAAGACGAGUUAUUGAAGAAAGACUGCCACUAAAUGGAGUUGCCUGGUAUCCUGGUGGCUCUAUGAAAUCCUCAAAAAUUCUGCAUUAUAUCUGCCUGGUUCUAUUCCACUUUAUUCCUGCCGUUUUAGUUGACUGUUUAUUGUAUGCUUUGGGAUAUAAACCAGUUUUAUGCAGAGUUCAACGUAGGAUAAUGAAAGGUUUCGAAGUUUUCGAAUAUUAUGCCAAUAACCAAUGGGAUUUCGUAAACGAGCACGCCUCUUAUGUUAGAGGGAUAAUGAAUCCUUUAGAGCGGAAAAUAUACAAAAUUGAUGGCGAUGGUCUGGAUUUGAUGGAUUACUUUGAAGCUUGCAUUCAUUGUUCUCGUCUUUACGUUUUGAACGAGACGGAUGACACUCUGCCAGCUGCCAGGAGACAUAUGAGAGUAAUGUACUGGGUGGACAAACUCACUAAACUGGGUUUCUUCUGUUUGAUGUUUUACUGGAUAAGUGGGUUUUUCUUCACAACUAGCACCACGCUGGAACCAAUUGCUGAAUUAUAAUUUAUUGAUUUUUUUUUAUUUAAAUGUAGCUAUAUAUAGUCAUUACAUAAAUAUUUUACUCGGUGUACGAAUUAGGUGCGGGAAAACAUUCCACAUUUUGGGACAUGAGAGAUAGAAAUAAAAUAUCUAAAAAAUAUCCUAUUUGCCGUAAAAUAAAUAUUUUGACUAAUUAAUAAUAAUAAGA